GUGUUUGCGGAGUGCGCCAUGUUUGUGUGUGUUUGUCAGUUUCAGUGUGUGAACGCGUCAUUCCGCUACGAGAGUUAAAGCAAAAACGACAACAUGAAAAAGUCUCAAAUAAACCUAAAGUUUUUAACUUGUGAUGGAUUUGUAUUGUUACUGAGCUCUGUGCUGAUUAUUCAGGCCGCUAACGCUAAUGCUAAUCCUUCACCUUCUCCUGCGCCUCUCACUCAGCCCUGUGAUUCUCUGAGCAGUUGUGACUCCUGUCUGAAGAAUGUCUCAUGUUUGUGGUGUUACACUAAUAACACCUGCACAGUCUAUCCCGUGUCUCACCUGCUGCCUCCUGCCUCAGUGUGUAAACUAUCUCAGGCCCGCUGGGGAGUGUGUUUAGUGAACUUCGAGGCAUUAAUCAUUGCGAUGGCCGUGUUAGUGGGUGUGCUGUUACUGGCCAUUACUGUGUGCUGCUGCUGCUGCUGCCACUGUGGACAAUCAUCACGGCCAGAUCGUAUUGAGGAGGAGAUUGCCCGGAAGAGAGAGAAACACAGACAGGUUUCAGAUGAUCGGAGAGCAGAGCGCAGGGCAAGACAUGAUGACAUCCGGAAGAAAUACGGUUUGAUCUCGGAUUCUGAUCACCCGUACAGCAAGUUUGAGAAUGAGUGAGACGGGAGCGAGACGGGAGCCCAGCUGAUGCAUUUUACUUCACUAAUCAAACAGAAUCUGAUUAACCAUUACUUCAAACAGCAUAGACGUGUGUGUGUGUGUGUGUGUGUGUGUGUGUGUGUGUGUGGUUUUAAACCCUGCUGUAUGACUCUUUCUGUUAAAUGUUUUCUAAUAAAUUUAAAUUCUACUUACAUAA